AUGGACAACAAUGCAAACGACAACGACACGUCCACGGCCCAUCACCACCUCCCACGAGGACUCCCCACCACCCGACGGCACAACACGACGACACGAGACAACAAUGGCACAACAACAACGGUACGCACACACAACACAACGAGACACAACGGUGACGAGGACCACCCAGCAACGGCAACGACAGCCUAG